GGCCACUACUAUAAACACACUGGGAGCUCCAGAGAGAAGAAGACCACGUCGGCGAAACCCACGGUCAAGUUGGACGAACCGCUCUCUCUCUGCGCUUCUGGUGGAAAACUCUUCGAGCGGACGGAAAAACUUGGAGCAGCGGCCGCCGCGGGAUCCUCCUGCGCCUCCAUUCGCCACUUUUGUGUUGUUUUUUUUCCCCUUUUCUCCCCCUCGUUGCUGUUGUUCUGAAGGCUGCGCUCAUAUGUUCAAAAGCCUUUGGAGACGCUUUCCGCGUGGGAACGUGAACGUAUCUGAGCGAAAUCAAAGCGCUGCACUGAGGAUUAUUGACUCUGAUGUGAGCUUCAGGGCCGUCGAGCGAGUCGGGUUCGCCGCCAUCGGGGAGCAGAAAACGGCAUGUAACGCGGGACCGAGGAUCUAGCGCCUCCUCCUCCUCCGCCCGGGCGUCCUCCUCCAGCUCUUCCUCUCCAGACAUCGUGGGGAAUGGGCCAGCGCCUUCCCAGGGUGCAUCUCUCCACCCAGCGGUGCGGCUGGCGUCGCCCACGAGUGAGGAGGGCAGCGGCCAGGUCAUAGAGCCGCCCCCCCUCUCUCUUUCUCUCUCUCUCUCUUUGCUCGCCCGUGACUGUUUUGACCUUCGACCCCGCCAGCCAUGCCCUUCCGCCUGAAGCUGCGGCGCACGCGGCGCUACAACGUCCUGAGCAAGAACUACUUCGUGACGCGGAUCCGCCUGCUGGACAGCAACGUCAUUGAGUGCACCCUGUCGGUGGAGAGCACGGGACAGGAGUGUCUGGAGGCGGUGGCCCAGAGGCUGGAGCUACGGGAGACCCACUACUUCGGCCUGUGGUUCCAGGGAAAGACCCAGACCCCGGCUCAUCGUUGGGUGGAGCUGGAGAAGCCCCUCAAAAAGCAGCUGGACAAGUUCGGCAACGAGUCGCUGCUCUUCUUCGGGGUCAUGUUCUACGUGCCCAGCGUCUCCCGUCUGGAGCAAGAGGCCACCAGGUAUCAGUAUUACCUGCAGGUGAAGAAGGAGGUGCUGGAUGGACGUCUUCACUGCACAGUAGAGCAGGGGAUCAGACUAGCUGGACUAGCAGUACAAGCUGACUUUGGAGACUUCACCCAGUUCAUGUCCCAGGACUUUCUCAGGGAGUACGUUCUCUUCCCAGUGAACUGGCCCAACGGAGACGAGGUGCAGGACGAGUGGACCCAGAAGGUCGCCGAGGAGCACAAGAGUCACUGUCGAAUGCAGCAGGCCGAGGCAGAGCUGCUCUACAUCAAGGAGGUGGAGAAACUGGACGGCUUUGGCCAGGAGAGCUUUGCUGCCAAGGACAACUACACCAAUGACAUAUUCAUCGGCGUGUCCUUCAUUGGAGUGUUCGUGAAACACAGAAACGGCAGAUCCAUCAUGCUCCACAAGUGGAAGGACAUCGGGACCAUAGCGCACAACAAAUCAGCCAUCACAGUGGAGAUAACGAGCAGAGACGACACCAUCGUUUUUCACACGGAGGAUAUGGAAAUGGCAAAGUAUGUGGCUCGCCUUUUCACGGCCAGACACAAGUUUUACAAACAGAACAAGAUCUGCGCAGAACCCACUCACUCUCCCGCACCCAUCAGGAGGAGACCCACCUGGACCCAUCGCCUCUCCCUGCCGCGGCCCCAGUCCUGUAACUUCCAGUCCUUGCAUUCCCAGUACGGGGAACAUUAUCAGGACACACAGAGCUCUCAAGACAGCAUAUUCCACGAUGACCACUACUACAAGUCGGAGACCAGUCUGGACCGUUGCCCGGUGGAGUUCCCCUUCCGUAACGGUACCGUGCCCAACGGGAGCAUGUACAGCAGCCCCAGCCUGAGCUCCCUCAACCACUCCCAGACCUUCAUCCCGCCCUCGCCCAUGUCCUCCAACCUCAGCAUCCCCGGCAGCGAGCUCAUGCGCCCGGACUACAUCCCCAGCCACCGCCACAGCGCCAUCAUCGCCCCGUCCUACCGGCCCACGCCGGAGUACGACGCCGUGAUGCGGCAGAAGCGGCGCAUGGUGCCCACCCAUCAUGACCUCCACAGCCAGUCUCUGCGCAGUCUGAACAUCAGUAAUGCCUGCGCGUACCGGCAGCCUGAAGCCCUGGUGUACAGCCAGCCUGAGAUGAGGGAGAGGGGCCCCUAUCACGGUCUAGGGCCCAACCCUGGAGCCUACACACCACAGAUCAGCUACAGUAAGCCUGUGUCCCACGGGCCUCAUCAGGGAGGUCCGGCCAGCAGCCAGGGCCACUGUCAUUCCCCCUGCGUGAACGGUGGCGGCAGCGGUGGAGGCGGAGGCGUAGGAAGCUCCAUCUCUCACACCGUCAGCACACCCGAGUUGGCGAACACGAAGCAACAAGGCACCGGCGCAGGGACGCACGCAGCUGCAGCCAACAUGCUGAGGAACCACCUGUCGCGCCCCCCCCCGCCGUACCCCUCCAACUCCUUCCGCCCGGCCACCAGCACGCCGGACCUGGCCAGCCACCGCCACCGCUGCAUUGGCGGCAGCAGCCCGGAGCUGGUCACCCGCAUGGUGCAGCUGUCAGUCAAGACCUUCCAGCCGGACAGCUCGGCCGUCGUGCACCAGUCGCUGCAGGAGGUCAGCGAACCGCUGACCACGGCUGCGAAGCAUCGCUCCACUCUGGGGAAGAGGCACAGCAUGGAGGUGAUCAGCAGCAUGAGGGGGGGUGGGGGCGGGGGUGGGGGGUUGGAGGGCUUGGUGAUGAAGGGCAUGAAUGCACCCCUCCACCGGAGGAAUACUCUCAGAGAACACGUGAUGCCGCCACAGCCGCCUCAGCCCGCUCCUCCUCCCCGGCCGCAAACCCCUCAGCCUCAAAGCCAGCCACAACCCCAGCCUGCACCUCAGCAGCCGAAGGAGCUGCCAGUGCAGAUGCCCGCCCAGAAAGCGGCAGAGGCGCCUGCAGCGCUGCCUUCGGCCGCCGCCUAUCAGCACCAAAAGACCCUCUCCAACGCUACUAUGCUCAUACAUAGCAGUGAGAGCGAGGAAGAGGAGGAGGAGGAAGAGGAGAGGCCCGAGCUGGACGUUCAAAUCCCAGGUCUCAACGAGGACAUCAGCGCUCAGCUCCAGGCUGCUCUGGCAAAGCUGCCCAACAAGCCCCCUCCGGAGUACCCUGGUCCUCCUCGACCUCCAAGCAGUGCGCAGAUUCGCACCCACAACAACGCCCACCAUCACAACCACACUCCAGGACCACAGGGCACCCAAGGACCCAUGGACCUGAACCAAGCCCCGGGUCGAGCCGCCAAGGCCGGCCAGAAUGACGGCGGUGGUGGGAGCGGGGGUGGCGCGGGUGCAGGUGGGACACUGACCCGAGGAGACCAGGGCGCGGUCAACGGAGCCGUUUUGGGUCCAUCCAUUUCAGAACCAGACCUGACCAGUGUGAAGGAGAGGGUCCGGAAGGAGCCAGUCAAGGAGAGGCCGGUGUCAGAGAUGUUCUCCUUGGAGGACAGCAUCGUGGAGAGGGAGAUCGCUCAAAGGACGCUGGAGAGGCAGAAGAUGUCCGUGGACUCCAUGAAGAGGCCGCUGAUGAUGGCCGCGCUCAACGGCCUCUACGUGGCCCGGAUGCCGGUCCCCGAGAGUCCCGCGGAGGGCGUCAGCAAAGCCAACACCGACGAGCGGUGCAAGAACUUGGAGUUGAAGCUGGAGGAGGAGCAGGUCUUCACAGAGUACGAGCAGGUGUCCAAGAAAAGGUCCAAUUGUGUCCUCGCCACGGCAACGCUGCCCGAAAACGCCGAGCGCAACCGCUUCCGCGACGUGGUGCCGUACGAAGACAACCGGGUGGAGCUUGUGCCCAACAAGGAGAACAACACGGGCUACAUCAACGCCUCGCAUGUCAAGGUGAUGAUUAGAGGGGAGGAGUGGCACUACAUCGCCACCCAAGGCCCGCUGGCCAACACCUGCGCCGACUUUUGGCAGAUGGUGUGGGAGCAGGGGGUCAACGUCAUCGCCAUGGUUACCGCCGAGGAGGAGGGAGGCCGGUCCAAGUGUCACCGCUACUGGCCCAAGCUGGGCUCCAAGCACAACUCGGCCACUCACGGCAAGUUCAAGGUGACCACCAAGUUCCGCACCGACUCGGGCUGUUACGCCACCACGGGGUUAAAGGUCAAACACCUGCUGUCCGGCCAGGAGAGGACGGUCUGGCACCUGCAGUACACCGACUGGCCUGAGCAGGGCUGUCCCGAAUACGUCGGCGGGUUCCUCUGCUACCUGGAGGAGAUCCAGUCCGUGAGGAGACACACCAACUCCAUGCUGGACACGUCCAAGAGCCUCAAUCCCCCUGUGGUGGUGCACUGUAGCGCCGGGGUGGGUCGCACCGGCGUGGUCAUCCUCACUGAGCUCAUGAUCAGCUGUCUGGAGCACAACGAGCCGAUGGAGGUUCCCGUUAUGCUGUCGGAGCUGAGGCAGCAGAGGAUGCUGAUGGUGCAGACCAUCUCCCAGUACAAGUUUGUCUACCAGGUCCUCAUCCAGUUCCUCAAGAACUCUCGCCUCAUCUGAGUCCGGGCUCACGGCUUUUAUUGUACAGGUGCAGCAGAGCGACAGCGGCAGACACUGUUGGUACGGUGGUACUUCAGACGCGCAUGCGGUCGGAUACAGCAGAUAGAACUAUUGUAGAUUAACAGAUAAUAACUGACCAUCACUUGGAAUCUGAUCCAGAUAGAAGCUGUUAUGCUGAGACUUAAAGAAGUUUGGGUUGGCCAUUCGUUAUAAUCAGUAUGUUCCUGUUUAAUUAACCUUGACCUUAACCUUGGACCUUCCUGUGUCGAGCAUUCCCGCCGGUGCGGUUCCUCCACAUAGAGCGCCUGCUAAGUUUCUUAUUCAAUAUUCAGCCAUUGGUGGAAAUGGCACCAUGCUGCAUGAACAGGACCUGGCAGCAGUAUUAUUACUGUCCUCAAUACUCUGAAAGAGUUUGCCAAGCAAAAGUGUUCUUUGAGUCACUGUUCUAAAACAUUUUUUUAUUUUUUACCAGAGUAUUGAUGAUACAGCAAAUAUUUACUUCUGCAUUUUAACAAAUGUGUUUAUUUAUUUCUACCAAUUUGUGGUCACCUUCACAGUAGAGCAUUGUCAAGUCUUAAUUACUACAUUUUUCCUAAAGCCUUUGUUGUGAAUGUGAGGUUUUCCCAUUUUUCCUUCUGAAGCUGUCUCGAUUACAAAAAUGUCCUUUAUCUCACGGACACACACACAUAGUGCAGUUUACACACAGUUAUUUGUUGACAUCUAGUGUGUUGUGUCACAUUUCGUACGUGAAAGCACGUCAGAGUCCAGCAAACUUGAAAUAAUUCAUAGAGAUCAUUUCUUUGCAUCUGGGUCCCUGCACAGCAAAACUGUUCAUAUACUACAUCGUUGUGCCUUAUUAAACAUAGAGUAAGAAUCUGCCUGUUGUACCUCCAAAGAUAAGAUCUUUAAAUCAGUAUUGGCUGGUUUGCUGUCUGUUAGAAGAUCAUUACCCAGCUCUCAGGUGAGGAUUUGGGUGAAUGCUGAUGUCUUGGUUUAUUUUUGAAGGAUAAUAGUCUUUACUGUGUGUAACUAUCAAAAACCAACAGAUUACUGUGCUCCUGAUCCUGUUUAGAAAAUGACAUUCUGAAGAAUUUUCCUUUCUUUUGUAUGAACCCUAAUGCAACGUGUCCAAACUACAUUUGUACAUAACGGGCAGGUGAGAGAGCUGAGAUUCCUACAAAUGUUUUAUAUAGUUUUUUGUCGACUUGGUACCUUACAAAUACUGCAACAUAACAAACUAUGCAUGCAUUUUUAUAUUUUAAUGUAUAUAUUCUCAGAUAAGUAUAAGCUUUAUGCUCUCAACAUAUAAGUGUUUUGUUGCACUUCUGUUCUCUUUGUUAAGGUAUUUUCCUACACAGCAUUCCACUGUUUGUUUAUAUGUAAUUUUCACCCCUUAAGUUUUCAUUUUUGGCCAAAAUCCAAACGACGUUUCAAAGUGUGUGUGCUGUACAUAUGUUUUGUAUAUGUGUUUCCUGUUCUCUCCCCAACCAUGUAUGAAGCUGUCUUACAUGCUUAUUAUGCAAUAAAGCCUUAUUUUCUUUAA